AGUGUAGGUGUUGGCCUUCCAGUAGGCCAAGAUGGCUUGGGACUUCUUGAUGCCUUCUUUGCUAGUCUAUCCAUGAUACUCGUCAGUGAGAUCGGUGAUGAGACAUUUAUUAUAGCAGCUCUCAUGGCAAUGCGGCAUCCAAAGUCAAUAGUCCUGUCUGGUGCGCUCAGUGCUCUUAUUGUGAUGUCGGUAACACACUCAGCUUUUGGUAGGAUAGUGCCAAACUUGAUAUCAAGAAAGCAUACCAACAAUGCUGCUAUUGUGCUCUAUUUGUUCUUUGGACUCCGUCUUUUGUACAUUGCAUGGAGAUCUGAUUCUAAAUCAUCUCAGAAAAAGGAAAUGGAAGUAGAAGAAAAACUUGAAGCUGGGCAAGGAAAAUCAAUGUAUCGUCAUUUAUUAUCCAGAUUUUGCACGCCUAUUUUCCUAGAGUUUUUCAUUUUGGCAUUUUUAGCGGAAUGGGGGGAUCGCAGCAAGAUAACCACAAUUGCUCUAGCUACUUAUAAGAAUGUUGUAGGAGUAGCUGUAGGUGCUACAUUAGACCACACGAUAUGUACAUCAGUUGCCGUCGUGGGAGGGAGCAUGUUGGCAUCCAAGAUCUCUCAGCGAACCGUAGCUACCAUUGGCGGUCUGCAUUUCCUCGGAUUUUCUGUGUCUUCGUUCUUCUAUCCUCCAUUGUGCUUUAAAUAA